UCAAUGUCUUGCUGGUGAACCGAAACCGAUUUCAACUUAUGCGAAUGCAAAGGAGAGAUGGAUAUCUCAUCGCUGUGUAUCGUGGUGAUAGUAACCUUCCUGGCAUUGCUUGCGUUUUUGUCGGUUAUAAAAAAGAAGGUCUCAGGCAGCGGUACUUAUACAUCGGGCAGAGACAUCCCAGGACUGAAGGUCAGCCAUGCCCAACACGGAAACCUUGAUCUGAUUACUAAACACGGUGGAUUUAAUGGGUUUCUGCUGUGGCUCCAUCAGCAGUAUGGACCCAUAGCAAAGUUCUGGUUUGGAGAACAAAUGGUGGUCAGCAUCGCCUCUCCUCAACUGUUCAAAGAAACCUCCCGUAUGUUUGACAGACCUGGACUUCUUUUUAAGAUGCUGGAGGUCAUAAUAACUGAGAAGGCUAUUCAGUAUGCAAACAAGGAAGACGGCAAAUGGAGGAGAAAUACAUACGACUCAUGCUACAGCCAUAAUAAUGUCAUGAAAUCCAUUGGCAUGCUUCAGAAGCUUUCAGAGGAAAUGGUGGGGAGAUGGUCACAAAUACCACAUGGUGAACACGUUCCUUGCCGCCAGGGGAUGUUCAUGUUUGCAAUAAAGGCAGUUAUGCAGAGCUCUCUUGGAAACUUCUUUUUUCAAGAUGAAGAAGUUUUCAAGUUCUGGGAAUCAUAUAAUACUAGUUGGUCAGAUAUGGAACAAAGAUUUCUAAAGGAGGAUUUUCCGCAGCCGGGGAGUGAGAGGGAAAAGAUAUUUAACGAAGCGAAAAAGUACAUGUAUGACACCAUUGCGGCAGCGAUCGAAGUAAGACGGAAGCGCCCAACCACUGAGAAACGAAAAAUGCUGAUUGACGUCAUGAUUGAGAACAAUAUACCUUAUGACGUCAUGCAAUGUGAUGUUUUGAUGUUUAUAAUUGGAGGAUUCCAUACAACAGCAAAUUCGCUAUUGUGGGCCCUGUCUUUUAUUUCUGCCCACUCUGAUGUGCAAGAAAAGAUGUACCAAGAGGUUAAGAACAUAUUGGGUGACACAGGCAAAAUAACUCCGGAUAACAUUGGUCAGUUAGUGUACACCCGUCAGGUUAUUGACGAGGCACUACGCAUAGCGAAGAUUGCACCUUACGCAGCCCGCUUUGACGAUGAUAAUGACGUCAAACUUGGAGAUUACGUCAUACCAGCUGGGACACCAAUCAUCCAAGCUAUUAAUGUGGAAUAUAAUGAUCCAGCACGCUGGCCGAACCCAAAUGAGUUUGAUCCAGAUCGUUUCAGCCCGGAGAAAGUGUCGGAGCGUCACCCCUACUCCUUUCAACCCUUUGGUUUUGCCGGCAAGAGGAAGUGUCCUGGGUACCGUUUCGCUUACGCAGAAGUCACUACGGCACUGGCGAACAUUCUGCUGAGCUUUCAGAUUCAAGGGGUCAAAGGUCAGGAGGUCAAGGCGAGUUGUGGCUUACUCGGUGCCCUCGAUGAUGAGGUAUGGAUAACACUAGAAAAGAGAUCUUCUGGGAGUGUACAGCCGAUGAAAUAAAGUGCACCGCAUAACUAUUGUGCCGUACACUGAAAAAAGCGGUUUGUGACAUUUGUUGAAGACCUACAAUAUAUAUAUAAACAUGUACAAUGUAUGUAAGCAGGAUAUUUUCACCGCCAUUGGUAGUCAUCUUGACGCUGACGUAGGGAAAAAUAAUAAAAUUCCCAUUGACUUGGAAAAAAAGGCGACUACUUUAUAAUAAUAAAAAUGUCGUUGAUUGGUGGGGGGCGAAAUCUAUAUGAUCCUGAAAAACAUUGCACCGAAGUGAACAAUUACCAUUAUUACAUGUACUAACUCAGCACCAGAACUGUUAAACACGGUGAUUGAUCAAAGGCAUAAAGAUAAGAACUUAUAAUUUCAGCAGAAUAAAUCCUACCCACGCUCCAAAGCGUU